AUGGUCGUGCUGCACGUGAAGCGGGGCGACGAGAGCCAGUUUCUGCUGCAGACGCCCGGGAGCACCGAGCUGGAGGAGCUCACGGUGCAGGUGACCCGCGUCUACAACGGGCGGCUCAAGGUGCAGCGGCUCUGCUCAGAAAUGGAAGAAUUAGCAGAACAUGGCGUGUUUCUCCCUCCGAAUAUGCAAGGACUGACUGAUGAGCAGAUCGAAGAGCUGAAACUGAAGGACGAAUGGGGCGACAAGUGUGUCCCCAGCGGGGGCCCCGUGUUUAAAAAGGAUGACAUUGGACGAAGGAACGGACAAGCCCCAAAUGAAAAAAUGAAGCAAGUCUUAAAGAAGACUAUAGAAGAAGCCAAAGCAAUAAUAUCUAAGAGGCAGGUGGAGGCCGGCGUCUGCGUGACCACGGAGAUGCUGAAAGACGCCUUGGACCAGCUCCGCGGCGCCGUGAUGAUUGUGUACCCCAUGGGGUUGCCGCCCUACGAUCCCAUCCGGAUGGAGUUCGAAGAUAAGGAAGACCUGUCGGGAACUCAGGCGGGACUGAACGUCAUCAAGGAGUCCGAGGCACAGCUGUGGUGGGCGGCCAAGGAGCUCCGCAGGAGCAAGAAGCUUUCCGACUACGUGGGGAAGAACGAGAAAACCAAAAUCAUCGUCAAGAUCCAGCAGAGGGGACAGGGCGCGCCCGCCCGCGAGCCCAUCAUCAGCAGUGAGGAGCAGAAGCAGCUCAUGCUGUAUUAUCACAGAAGGCAGGAGGAGCUCAAGAGGUUGGAAGAAGACGACGACGACUCCUGUUUAAAUUCCCCCUGGGCGGACAGCACUGCCUUGAAGAGACACUUCCACGGGGUGAAGGACAUCAAGUGGAGGCCGCGGUGA